GGCUUGCCGUGACUUCGCCACUGGUGGUGUUGUAGAUGCUCGGCACAAAUGACCAGAGUGCAAAGUGGCGAAGUUGUUUUUUCACCCGCCACAAGACUACGUCGACACAGGUCUUUUUCCCACAGCUCGCCACUCCCUGGGCCUUCACACGCACCCGCGUUCCUCGAAACAUCUUCCACCCACCACUGCUCAUCAUGGAUUCGUGGCAGGAUAUUGCGUCGGCAUGCCAGGAACUAGUCCUGGAUGCCAUUCCAUGCCGCUGGCGACUUUCUGAGAAACCAGAAUCAUCUGUGAAAGACGUUCGAGACGUUCCCGCGACGUGUGGGCUGAUGACGGAGAAGCAGUUGGCCAUCACAGAGCAGGAAACCACACAGCUCGUGUCGCACCUACAUGACGGUCGUCUCACAUCCGUAGAAGUUACCGAGGCAUUUUGCGCGCGAGCGGCCAUUGCGCACCAAUGCGUAAGUGGCUGUGGAAGCAACGAUUCUCGACUAACUAGAGCGCCCGAUCAGGUAAAUUGCCUUACGGGGUUCUUCUACGACGAAGCCAUCGCACGAGCCUCAGAACUCGACGCAACCUUGAGAGACACUGGUAAGCCAGUCGGGCCGCUCCAUGGGCUGCCCAUUGCCAUAAAGGACACCUUUGAGUGGGAAGGUAAGGCGGGCACGUUCGGGCUGAUGGCCUGGAGGGAUAAGAAGGGCAAGCGCGAUGCUUCAAUUAUAAAGCUUCUCAAAGCUGCGGGAGCGGUUCUUUUCGCGAAAACAGCCAUGCCACAAACCGGAAUGCUCCUCGAAACAGUCAGUAACCUUUGGGGUCGAACCAAGAAUCCGUACAAUCGCGACUUUUCCGCAGGUGGCUCAUCGGGGGGGGAUGGUGCCCUCGUGGCCAUGCAUGGAUCUCCUUUCUGCCCGUCGACCGACAUUGGUGGAAGUAUACGAGCUCCAGCGACCUUCAACGGUCUUUAUGGAAUACGGCCAACUUCUGAACGAAUACCAAGAUCUGGACUACUUACCGUCGUUUACGGACAGAUCUCGAUCAAGGUCUCUUGUGGGCCAACUUGCCACAGCAUGGGAGAUGUGAAGUUGGUCACAAAGUUGUUACUGACGCAUAGAGACUACAUCGGCGUUGACCCGACGGCGGCCCCUGUCGCCUGGCAAGACAAAGUCGAGGUACAAGACAGCUUGGUGUUUGGUGUUCUUCGAACGGACGGUUGUGUUACGCCUCAGCCUCCAGUUGCGCGCGCAUUGGAUGAGCUUGUGAAGAGUGUAAAGGCUGCUGGUCAUCGAGUAGUCGAGAUUGAGCCUCCUUUUGACUUGUGGGAGGCAUCCCAGGUUACGUGGAAGCUCUACUUCCAAACGGGCGCAAAGGAGGUCCGCGAGAUAAUUGCAUCAUCUGGCGAGCCCGUCCUCCCGAAUUUCACAUGGUAUUUGAACACAUUCAAUAUUAAAGCGCUCACUGUGCCGGAGCUAUUUCAGCUCAACGUAACACAAGCGGCAUACAAAGUUCAGUUCGCUCAGGCCUGGGCCAACACCAAGGCUAUCACCGGUUCAGGACGCCCCAUUGAUGGGCUACUAUGUCCAUGCGCCCCUUCUGCUGGUUUCUCUCACGACUUUCCGGUCUGGUGGGGGUACUAUUCCAUUUGGAACCUCUUGGAUUACCCAAGUGUUAUCAUGCCACUGAAAGGGUUCCGAAUUGACCCAAUUCUUGAUGUCAAAGAUGGGAAUUACAUCCCCAAAGAAAAUGUGUUUGACAAGAUGAACUGGGAAGCCUACGAUCCUGAGCUCUGGAAAAACCAGCCGGUCUGUGUACAAAUUGUCAAGCCACCUUAUCAAGAUGAAGAGUUGAUAGCAGUGGCCGAGUGCAUCGACAAGAUAUACAACGCCUCUUCACCGUAGAGGUGGGGAGACAGGCCCUCAAAGCAGAAUGCAAACAGCAUGGGAGUCAUAAAGUACAUGAAGGUAGUCACCCUUUGUUUUCAUGAAUGAAACAAAACAUCGUUCCAGCGAGGGUCGUCGUCCUGCCACACAGGUAGGUGGCAGAAGGAAUCCAGGAUUGUAGGCAGAUUUACUUCUGGCACUUCCGUUUCUAUGGGCGUUCCAAUUGAGUGCUCAUCAUGUUGUUGUUG